CUUUCACUCCAACAUACCUCGACACUAUAUGACAGUAACAACAUUGGAUUCAGCAAAGAAAAUACGAUCUGGAAAAAGAACCAAGACAGCUUCAAUGGGAUCUAAAACCUCUAGCAGUAAUGCACCUUCUAUUCAUCCUAUAGAACCUAUCAGCAUAGAAGACUGUGUUGCAAGUCGAAGAUUGAUCCAUAACACAGCAUAUCAUCAAUUUAACGCCUUUGAAAUCGAACAGAUCCAAAACAAUUUACUGAAAUGGUACGAUGCUGAGCAAAGAACAAACAUGCCUUGGCGUAAACCAACAAGAUCAGAUCUUGAUAGAAAGGCUUUAGGACAACGCGCUUAUGAAGUUUGGGUUAGUGAAAUCAUGUUACAACAGACACAAGUUGCGACAGUGAUCGAUUAUUAUAAUAGAUGGAUGACUGCCUUUCCCAGUAUAUUUGAUUUAGCAGCUGCUGACAUAGAACAAGUCAAUACAUUGUGGGCUGGAUUAGGAUAUUACUCUAGGGCCAAACGACUAUGGGAAGGUGCGAAAAAGGUAGUAAAGGAAUUUGAUGGAAUAUUACCGAAUAAUGCAAAGGACUUGGAAAAGCACAUACCUGGAGUUGGACCAUAUACGGCGGGUGCGAUUGCUUCAAUUGUAUUUGGUCAACAAACUAGUUUGGUUGAUGGUAAUGUGAUCCGAGUAUUAGCUCGAUUACGAUCUAUUGGUGCUGAUAUGAAAAAGGCAAACGUUAUAGAACUCUUUUGGCAAAUCGCGACAACAUUGGUACCAAGUGAAAGACCAGGCGACUUCAAUCAAGCUUUGAUGGAAUUAGGCGCUAGAAUAUGUUCUCCUCAAAAUCCCAACUGUGAUGGCUGUCCGAUACAAACUCAAUGCUCUGCCUUGGUCCAAUUACGAUUACACGGUGAAUUACUAUCCAAAGAUGGUGGAUUCUGGAAUCAGAAAGAAACAGCUGCAUUGAUAGAACACGAUUGUAAAUAUUGUCCUGCUAUUACCAAAGAUUUGGAUCAUGAUGAAUACUCUGUUACAAGGUACCCAGUCAAGGCAGACAAAAAACCUCCGAGGGAUGAAGAAUGUGCUGUAUCUAUAGUGGAGAAAAUACCUUGUGAAGGGACUGAUGAUGGACUAUCAGAGGGUUCUUUAUAUUUGAUAUCCAGACGACCAGAUAAAGGACUUUUGGCUGGCCUUUGGGAAUUCCCUAGUUUGGAACUAGACAACAAACAAACCACUUAUGAACAACGAUCUACAUUGUCAUCAACGUUUUUGAAGAAUCAAUACAAUUUAGACCUGAUGGAUGGAACAUUGGAUGUGAAGAAACAGGAUUUGGGAAACGUGGUACAUCUUUUCUCACACAUUCGAAAGGUAUAUCAUAUUGAAUGGAUCUCCAUAUCAUCAUCCAUUUUGAAACAAACAUCAACGGAACAAACGAAAUGGAUCACAAUGGAUGAAUUGAAGACAGCACCAAUUCCUACCGGACUGAAAAAGGCAAUCAAGUUACUAGAAAAGGCUCAAGGUAGAUCAUCAUCAUCAUCAUCAUCAUCGAGAUUCGGCAAUAACAACAAUAAGCGGAAACAACCUCCUUCGUCUUCCGGUUCCAAGAAUAUUACAUCCUUUUUCCAAAAACGGGCAAGAUGAUUUAUUCUUCCUUUUACUAUAUUAGUGUAUUGAUUGAUGUUUCUCCUUUAUGUAUAUACUUGUUUGCUUGUGUAUUAGUAGUAGUAUAGUGUUUUUGAUA